GGAAAAUUGGAAGUGCAGCCAGAAAAGAGGUCGUCAUCGUAUCAUGAAGUACCGUUGGUACGACUCACUCGUGACCUCCUCGCUAAAGACAGAUACGACAAACGAGUUCGCCCGAUCAGUAAUCAUUCAAAAUCUUUGAAAAUUCAUUUGAGUAUGAGUUUGUACCAAAUCAUCGAUGUGAAUUGGACCGACGAGAUGUUGACCUGGGAUCCGCAAGACUAUGGCAUGAUCAAUAUGACAAUUCUACCGCAUUAUGCAAUUUGGAUACCUGAUACGUAUCUCUACAAUAGUGUUGUGAUGAGUCACGAUGAAACCGAACGUUUCAUGAACGUUAAAGUCUCGUCAAGGCAUUGGGAGAAUACGACUGGAGCGAAUAUCUCAUUUCUAUAUCCUGCUAUCAAUACACUCACGUGCCGUUUGAACGUGCGAUAUUUUCCUUACGAUCAACAGAAGUGUACGCUAAUAAUAAGUUCGUGGACGAACAGUAUUGCGGCGUUGAAUUAUACGGCCGAAGGGAAUGUGAAUAUGGAAUCGUUCAUUAGAAGCGAAGAAUGGGAUGUUAUCUCAUUCCGAAUCCAUCGACAUGAGCGAGUGUUUGCGUGUUGCGCCGAGCCAUGGGUCAUGAUUGAGGCCACGCUUACAAUUCGACGAAAAGCGUUGUAUUAUGUUAUUAAUCUGAUCAUUCCUACUUCCAUCAUUACUAUCGUUUCGAUAACCGGUUUCUUUACGCCCGCAACGACAAGCGAUGAUCGCACUGAAAAGAUCAAUCUGGGUAUAACCACAUUGCUGGCGAUGUCCAUUUUGAUGCUUAUGGUAUCCGAUCAGAUGCCUACAACAUCUGAUUUCGUUCCACUUAUCGCAUGGUUCUAUUUGUCAGUAAUAAUAAUCAUCUCAAUCGGUACCAUGCUGACCACAGUCAUUAUAAAUGUUCAAGCAAGGAGACGUUUUGGUGUAUUACCUGCCGACAUUGUGCGAAUCGUUUGCUUCGUUUACCUGGCGUAUUGGAUGUUUUUAGCAAUACCAACGCAGUUAGUGCAAUUAUGGGAUGAACUGAAUGUAAGUUAUUGA